AUCCUCCUCUGGCGUGGACCACCAGUGAAGGGGGCGGGGCAAACGAGCUUGCCAGCGCAACAGAUUGUUUAUCAGUAUCGCUUGUCCUGUGUCCUCUGGUGUCUCAUGGCUGUGUCAGAAUGCAGGAUGUUGUUUGGCAAACAAAAGCACCCAUUUCUUGCUAUUGUGGUCAUUGGUCUCCUUGUUGGUAUGACGUCAUGGACAGUAGUUGCUGAUUCAAACGAAUGUCUUCGUGAUGGAGAGGAAUCAUCAUACGACUGUCUAUUUGCAGUCAUGCCAGGAGCAUUUGAAUGGACUGGUGUUGGUUUUAUCUGCCAUCCUAUGCAGCCCGCUAUGAAAAACAGAAUCCAACUACACUUAAUCAAAACUUGUCCAACUAAUAGAAGCCAAAAUAAGUUGGUGUGUGGUCUAUACUCAGCUGAAAUUCUCUGUAAUCCAGGAAAUAUGAAUCAGACGUCUACACUUUACUUUCGUGCAAACUACACGCUGAUGAAUGAUAAAAGUAUAUUAUGUCAAAACCUAAGUGGAUUUUCGUUUAGGAACAUCACUGUCAGAGUGGGAGUUGAACCAGACCCUCCAGAACAUGCCAAUCUGACUUUUCCUUUGAACACUGUGUGCCGCUACGACUGGGUCCCACCUAAUGGAAAUGUCAUAGGGAGUAUUGGGGGGUACAAUCUCAGCUACGGAGGUGACUGUGGCAUCUGCUCACCCACUGGAGGAAUGGUUAACAGCAGUACUUUUACAGCAGAAUGUACAGGAUGGACGCCUAAUGGUCAGACAUGCUAUUUUGAAGUGAAAACAGUCACCGAAGAUUGUGGAUUUUACAGUGACCCAAUAAUUGUGACCAGUGUUCUUUCCAAGAUCUCUCCUAAUGAUAUUGAAGUAGUUAUCGAUUGUUCUCAAGAUGUGGACAGCCCUCAGAUACACGUCACCUGGAAUUACACUCCCCCAGAAGUGGAAAACACAACCAUCAUUCCCGGUGUGCUUGGGUUUCUAGUGACAAUCUGUGAUAAUAUGAACAAUAACUAUUCCCAAUAUUUGAACAACUCUGGAGCAAGAACAUAUAGUUUCAACUCAACAUCUCCAGAGUUCCAAAACGCUAGUCUGGAGCGUAGCAUCCGAUUUAUUACUGUCACUGUGAAGACAGUAAUUGGGGAUUUCUCCAAUAUAUCCAAUUCAUUCUCAGUGGAAGGAGCCAUGGCUGGCAUUAGUUCGACCCUCACAACAGAACAAUGCAUUGAAGUCUCCAUCAACCAACAGUGUAAUGAAAGUGCCGACUCCUUCCAAGCUCGUCUUCUGUUUGCUGAUGGUGCUUGUCAAAAUACAUCUAUAACAAUAAACAGAACUGACAAUACAAUUCUUCAAAAUGAUUAUGAGACAUGUAUUCCUGUGGGAACAGAUCCGAUUUGCUUCUCCGCAGUCGUGUCUCGCAAUGGUGUGGAAGUUGCAAGAACUGUGAGUCAAGAACUAAUCCUACUUCAAUGUAAUACGAGUACUCUAAGUCCGAACUAUGACACUGGAGUUCAACUUACCAAUUCUAGCGGCAUAGAUAUAUCAUCAGGAGUUAAUGUCCCUCACAACAGUAUGCUCUACCUUCAAUGUUCUACGUGUACGCUGAUGGGGACUAACACAACUCGCUGUGUUAACGGAACUUUUGAGCCAUUAGUGAAUCAAAGUACUUACUGUAACUGCCCCCCCAUGAAUUCUCCUCUUGGUAAGUUACUCUAUGGUGUCUGGUCAUAACAUGUGAUUUUGAGACUAUUAUAAUAGGUGGUGGAGCAAUAGCUGUAAUAGUCAUCGGCAUCGUCAUCGGCAUCGUCAUCGGCGUCUUUGUACUAGUUCUACUCAUGCAUAACUAUAUCUCAAAAAUAGUUUUGUCAGUUUACAUGCAGUACUGCUAGCCCCAGCCGCUGGAUCCACCCUGUUUAUAUGCUUUAUAUCUAUAGCUCUGUCUUCUCUAUUUUUAGAUUUAGCUUUAUAUAUGAUGAAAUAAUACUGAAUAUUUGUGCAUGGCACCAUAUCUAUAUAUAUCUCUGAACACUUUUGUUAUAGUUGCCGUGCACCUAGCUUAUAAUUUAACUAUACAGAUAGAUAUAUAUAGUUCAAGUUUUUAUUUUCCCUAGAAAUCUGCCCCUGUUUAUAGUUCUCUCUCUUCUAUUAUGGAUAAACACAA